AUGAUGCCCUAUGAAGAGGUUCUGCCAUCCACAACGCCAAAAUAUGAGUUCAAAGGAAUCCAGCAUUCUCUCCAAAUUUUGGGAGAGAAAGUGGAUGAAGAGAAGACGGAGUUGUUUAACCCUUAUAUUAUUUUCACUAUUGACGAACGUGCCUUCCUUGAUUGUUUUGUGAACUCGGACGAAAAAACUCUCAAAUCAUCAUGGGAAAUUUAUGACCAUCCUGCCAACCAUCUUGUCAUCAAAAUGGAAUCAGAAGUUCAUGCGAUAGCACAUGGAGCUUUCUCCAAAGUAUUCAAUGCUUGGAUUGGUGACGAGCGGACCGAAUAUCCGCUUCUGCCCACAUCGACAGCCGCCCGAAGAGGCGAGAUCGGGCGUGUAAAAAGGCCAGAUCUUGCGUGGACCCCUUCAGACUUACCUAUUGGAAGAGAAACAACGUGGCCUUCCUUCGCGAUAGAAGUAGCUUGGUUGGAACCCCGCCGCAAGGUAGAGCAAGACAUAGAAUUUUGGUUGUGCCAAAGCAAAGGGGACGUGAAAGCCGCGAUGUCGAUCACGGUACACUGUCGUGGAGGCAAAAUCUCAUUCGAGAAAUGGGACAUAAAUCGUUCUCAAAGUGCAAAACAAGUAUCAGUGUUUCCAUCCCAGAGGAUGGACGUUGUGAGAGAUCCUGCAUCGGAUUGUCCAAAAUUCAAUGGACGGAUUGAGAUCCCCUACGAAGAUAUCUAUCUUCGACAAAAAGGAGCUGGAGACACAAACUUUAUCUUGAAAGAAGAAGAUGUCGCGCUCAUGGCCAGGAAAAUAUGGAUCUCUCAAUAUGGCUUACAGGGGAGACAUGCUUCCAGCUCUCGCUAA